AGCCGCCGACCGCGAGCCCCGGCCGCCGCUCUCCCCGCUUCCCCUCAGCCCGGGGCCGCGCGAGCGGCCGUUACGGGCGCGCGAGCGGCCGUUACCCGCCCGCCACAGCCCUCCCCGCGCGCGCAGCCAAUCCGGCGGCGGCUUCGGCGGCUCCUCGCGCCGCGCCGCCCCGCCCCAGCUCUGCCGUCGCCGGGGUGGGCGGGGCUUCUCCUCCUCCGGCGGCGGCGGGGCCAGGGAGCGGCUCCUUUGUCGGAGGGGCCGCGCCGGCAGCGGGCGGGGCCCGCGGAGGCUGCGCCGGCUCCCCUGCCCCUCUCCCCUGCUCCUCCCGCCCUCCCCGGGGCGGGGCGGUCCGGUCGGCGCUCCGGCGGCGGCGGCGGUACCAGCAGCAGCGAGCAUGUCCUCGAGCAGGGCCAAGAAAGUGAAGAUGGCCACCAAGUCCUGCCCGGAGUGCGACCAGCAGGUUCCUGUUGCAUGUAAAUCAUGUCCCUGUGGAUAUAUAUUUAUUAGUCGAAAACUCUUGCAUGCUAAACGUGCUGAGAGAUCACCACCCAUCACAGAAAACAAGAGUGAGGCCAAAAGAAGACGGACAGAGAGAGUUAAGCGAGAGAAGAUAAAUUCUGCAGUAAAUAAAGACUUAGAAAACCGGAAAAGAUCCAGGUCUAACAGCCAUUCAGAUCACAGCAGACGAGGAAGAGGAAGACCUAAGAGUGCCUCAGCCAAAAAACACGAGGAGGAAAGAGAGAAACAAGAAAAAGAAGUUGACAUGUAUGCUAACCUUUCAGAUGAAAAGGCCUUCGUAUUUUCAGUGGCCUUGGCGGAAAUAAACAGAAAAAUUAUCAAUCAAAGACUUAUUCUGUAACUUGUAAGCACAAUCUGAUGCAUUCAUACACAGAAUGGCUAGUGUAUUUCCAAGGUGUCGUGGACUCUCGGAAAGCGUUGUCUGCACCAUCAAGGACCAUACUAUUGCCUGUUAAAAUUCUGCUGCUGUUCUUGGAAGUUGAAUUCUGUCUCUACAAGUCAGAAAGAAAAUGUUCACAAGAUUGUGCUGUGAAAAAUCAGAAAGCAGAUAUGGUUUACACCUUGAAGACAAAUGCUAGACAAAUGCACAGAGAGACUGCACCCAUUCCAGAGCACUUCUUUUAAAUUUGCUGCCAGAAAUGCAAUAUUUUAAAUAUUUUCAGAAAUAAAUGAUUUUCCUUUAAAAUUAUAUAUUUCAGAUUUUUCAGCUAUAUUGCAGUUUCCGUAUGUACAGUUCACAUAACUUUUUAAUAAAUUGAUAUUCCAAUAUUUUAUUGAACUGGGAAUUAAGUACAUUUGUGAUCCUUAGGGUGUAUUGGUUUUAAUCCUCUUAGAAAUCUGGUAUUCAUCCUAGGGAUGACUUUAGAUUUGCAUUUUUUUAUAGGUGUGAUAUUCCGAUAGGAAGAAAAUUAAAGUGGUUUAAUUUGGGGGGAUUAUUCUGCUUGACAACUUCGUAUUGUUUAUGAAUUCUCUCUAGAAAAUGAUUCCCUGUUACAUAGAGUUGUUUUUUAAAAAAAUCACAUAUACUUUUUGUGGUCAGAGUCCUGCAGUUUGAGAGCAAAGUGCUUGUUUUGUCACCACCGUUUACUGUGUGUCUGCCUUGUCCAGAUGGUAAGUACUUCUCCCAUGCUCUUUCUUGGCCCAUCAUUUACUGGAGAGAGGGAGAAGCAGGCAUCAGAGACGUAGAUCUGCAGCUAGAAUCUUCUUACCGGUAUUUCCAAAUGAUGAAGUUAUGCUAGUUCCUUUUACUCUCAUCAGCUUUUUUUGUCUGCCUUUUAGAAGUAUAAUUCUCUUCAGUAUUAUCUUGUUGACUGUAAAUGCCAAAGCAAAAGUCUACUUAAGUGUGCAAAAAUGAGCUGUUCUGGUAGAAUUAGGUUUGGGGAAAACAUUCCACAAAGUUGUCUUUUUAAAAAGUGGUAUAGUGUAAUUUGAGCCAAAAUUCUUACAUUAGUAAAUAUAUGGGGUUUUGUCUUACCAAGAAAAAAAAAGCUCAAGCGCUGCAAAAUCCUGAGGGAGGAAGCUUAGGAGGCAAUUGCAUUCAUAAAAUCUGACAUACUAGCUUUUUGUCAUCUUUCAUUCACUCUUUUCUAAGAAGGGGAAUGCAACUAAAUGUCUUAGGUUUGGGUUUUUUUUUUUCAGUAUUACUCAUGCUUUUCAGUAUCACAUUACUUUAAUAGUGAGAACCCCUAAUGGGGUUCUGCUAGAGAACUGAUCUCUGGGUGGAAGCAGAGAUUUUUAUUAAUAAAGCUAGACUAUCAAAUACUGAUUGUUUAUUAGUUAUUGGUUAAAGGAAGGAGCUAUGAUAGUUUUAAGUUAAGCCACAAGGGACUGAUCAGAUGCAAACUUUGUAAGCAGAAGCAGGAAACAGGGAAAGUGAUUUUUAAUUUUUAACUCCUAAGCAGUAACUGGGGUCCCUCUUAACACUGGAUGAGAGGGAUGGAUGUGGAAAUGCACUUAAACCGCUAAUCUACAUUUGUCUUUAUUCCAGUAAAUGAGGAAUUGCGAACACAAGGCCUACUUCCCUACAUCACGUAGACUUCUGCUUUCCAGAACUGUAGCCUGUCACACAUACCAGUAGUAAGGACAGAUGAGUAACUCUUAAGGAUAGAGUAUAUGUUUGCAUGGUAAGCUAUUGAAGUCAGAAUGACAAAAGGGAAGUUCUAAUUUUGAGAACUUAAGAUGUGAUCAGGCUUGUGUUGCUUCUGCUGCUAGAAUGAGAUCUACUGUGUUAAGAAGGGACAAAGGGUACUACUGAUGCAGUCUCUUUGGUGUUCUAACCUGCGUUCCUACAGGUAUCUAUUUCUUUCUGCUCCUGUACGUGGAACUAAAGUUAUUUUCAGGGUACCAAAGUUAAUGUUGUUAGAUGUGACAAAAUUUAACUUAUGACUUUUACAUUUAGAUUGCUGCCUUCACUGAUAAGCACUGCAAAAUACAUUCAUAUCUUUCAGAAGUGCAAGGCUGUUUUUUCUCCUCCGUUGGUGGAGGCUCUCUUGAAACAGUGGUUUGAGUUCUGUUUCUGUACUUCUUCCCUCUGUCUUCCCCAGGUCUCCGCUGUCAGCUAUUUCCCACUUGUGGUCGUGCUAUUUUUCUUCCCCUGCUAUUCUUCCAGUUUGUUCAAGAAAGCUGUGAUGGAAGCAGGUGGCCUUGAAAAUAUCCCAGGGAGAGUGCUGCUUUGCCAGUGGAUCUUGCAAAGCAACAGUCUUGACUUACUUUCCCCACCAACCAGAAACAAACCAUUCUUUCCUAUGUAGGCAGGACACUUCAGCGUCUUCCAAAAGCCCUGGUAACUCUGUGGCUGUGGUAUGCUAAGACAUAGAUUUAUUGGAAUGUAUUCAGUGACUGAACUGGAAAGCAUCUGUAUUAUAUGAAAUAAGUAUCAACACGAUGGCGUCUCAGGAGCUCUUUCUUUGUCUGUUAGAGAUGAUCAAUGGAUGAACACUGAGCCAAAUCAUCGUAUAUCAUAGUUGUAAAAUGUAUUGGAUCAUGGUCUACAAAACUAAAAUAAAGCCACUGACAGCUAAAUGAUGAGAGAUAAUGUACUGCAGCUCCAACUUACUUGGGAACUGCAUAGUUUCCAAGAAGCAAAAAUAAAUAUGUAACACUUCAGGAAGCUGUUUGUGCAACAUAUUUUUUUAAUUUUGUGACUCUCUAGUUCCAGUAUAGGAUUUUAGGCCCUGCCUUUGUAUGUCUUUGUGGUUCAGGCUGACUUAAUUUGUUUCACUGCAUUUUGUAGCAUGAGACCUCACACGGAAAAAUAAUCUUCUUUCUGAAAAAGUGAAUUAGGCUGCAGUUUUUUUUUAAUUAACUCAAAAGAAGACCAAGUAUAUCACCACUCCACCUCCAUACAACCUCUACAUGUUGACUUAUCUGACCAGAUAACCUUCAUGUUAUGAACUGAAUAGUUUAGGAUUGUACUGGAGAACUGCCUGUUUAUAAACUACCAUCUAGCAAGCUCUGGUUUCUGCCUCUUCUUUUCCCUCUUUUUUUGAAGAAAGAUGCUUCUCGUGUUUAUAUCUCUGUGUAAUAGGAUGUCAGACCAUCAAGCAGAUUCACAGUUCUCAUUCUGGUCUGAGAUUUCUCUGCAUUUGCUCUAUUCUGCUACUAGAUGGCAGCCUUAUUCUAAAGACAGUUACUGUCUCUUCACGCGUUCUUACUGUUGCUACUAGGAAGUUUCGGUGAAAGUACACUGAAAGAGUAUUUUUCUUUAGAACAUCACUCACUCAUAUCUAACUUGGGAGCUUAAAAUCCUGCUGAUGGGUGGUUCCUUACUGGCCAUCUGCACUGAAAGUAGAUGGCUUCAUUGGUUGUGUGGGAUGUUAGCUCUUGAGCUGUGAAAGUUGGUAGAGAUGAAUAAUUUGUCAAGACCAAAGAACUCCAAACUUUCAAUUGGUUUAAAUGGUUUAAAAAUGGUUUAAAGAAAAUCUUUUUCCCCUCCCCUGGAAAUCCUAUGUAUCUAAAUUUUCUUUGGUCAAACUUUACAAACAUCUCUAAUUUUCCUGUUAUUUUCACUCUAAUACUGUUAUGAUUGAUGAAGAAAAGUUGAAAAUGGGGCAAGGUAUUGGGGAAUACUUUGCAGACUGUCAUCACCCUGUGUCUGGGCAGCAGGAUUUACAGAGAGGGGUACUAGAAUUGAGAUAUUUUCUUCAAAUAUUGGGUCCUAAAAAAGGUCUUUGGGUUGGUUUUACUUAGUGUUUUUAAAUUUUUUGAGGUUUUUCUAGGCCUUUUUUUUUUUUGAGUGAAACAGUGAUUCAUGUAGGCUAAUAGCAGCACAGUGUCUUCCUUGUAUCUUGGACUGUACUGUCAUGGCUGCUUGUCAUGCUCAUUGCCUCACAGGAGAUGGUGCUUGACUUUUGUUCUUUAAGAUACCGAUAACCUUUAAGGUAUUGAUAACCUGUGAUUAAACAGUGUAACCAGAAAGCUGUCUUAAACCACUGUUUAGUUUAAAGCCUUUCUGAGUUGCUGUUCUCCAGAAAAAGAUUCCUCUGCAUGCAUGAACACAUGCAGGUAUUGCCAGUGUCCUAUUUUGUAUCUCUAGGUGCAUCUAUGUUUUUUGUUUGGAUUAGGAGUCAGUGUUUGAAGCAAAUCUCAUGCUAGUCUCUACUUCCAGGGCUUAAGUUUGCAUCACAGAAUGGUCUUGGGGAGCAGGAAGUAGGUUCCUUUUACAAAAGACUGACCUUGAAGAUGUCCUUCAACUGUUAGUGAGUGCUUGGUCUGCAGAACCAGGUCUGCCUGUAGCAGGUGUUGGGCUCUCCGUACCAACUGUUUCACUCUACAGAUUUACUGUUGUCUCUCACAUCUUGCUUAUUAUGAAAAUAGAGCAGAGCAUAUGUUAAUAAGUUUAACCAACAUUUUCAAGUGAGUUGUUAUCCUUCAAAGUAUUAGCAAUGUCAUCAGUGUUUUGUAGCAGGCUUCCUACUUUUUUAUUUCACUGUAGAUUCUGACAAAUAUCCUCUAGCAAAUCUAACUGUAGCAUUUCAAGAUGUUGCUUUCACCAGUUGUUUGCCUAACCUUUUUGGAGGUUGUCACUUAGGUAGGAUGGUAGGACAGCUAUUGUAAGUAGUAGAAUAAUUUUUCUUCUUUCCUUUAGGCUGUCAGUUUCAAAACUCACUAGUAGUUACAGAAAAUCUGACUGCCCUAAAGUUAUAUCUGAUUAAACAGUUUUUCUGUUGAGAUGAUCAAUUUUACUGCCUUGUCAUUGAUCACACACUACAGAAAUACACUGCACGAUUCCAGUAGAUAUUGUGAGUUCAUAAUGGACUGAAAGCGUCUGUAAAUUAAUGUACUAGAGUGGGAUUUUUUUCUGCUCUUACUUAAAAAAGGGCUGCUCAUAGCUGCUGGCUAUUGAAUAGGAUGUGCAAUCUAAGUAAAAAGCAAGAAAUUGAUUAGGCAGAAGGCAGUGGAAAUGGAUAAAUCUGUGUAUUUCUCUUUUUCUCCAGAAGAAAACUUAAAACUGCUUUCACUGAAGUUUAAUUUGAAGCUCAAAACAUGAUUCUCAUGAAUCAUUUGGUGUCGUCAUGCAGCGCAUCCCCCAGGAAAAAGUCAGGUACCCCUCCCUCAUCUUCCCCCCAGCCCCACAAACUGCUUUUCUUGGUGCUACUUAGCUUUGUACAUAGAACCUGAACUCCAUCUGAUAAAAGUUAUACUGCCUUUGGUCUCUUACUGUGCAUCAUUUCUCUCAAUCAUAACUAAGUCUUUAAUUUUGUCAUAAGGGUUAAGGAAUAAAUACUAUUUUUAAUCCUGGACAGCGUUGAAGACCAUAAAGUGCUGUUAAGAACAGUGAGUGUUCCAGACAUCAGGAGUACAAACAUUAAUAGCCUGUCAAUUUUCCAAGUCUCAGUGGUUUUUGUUUUGUCUUGGAAUAAACAACUCUUGAAUAUUUCAUUGAAAAUAUGUUGCUAAUAAAGACAAAUCUUCAGAUUGG